GGCCCCCGCGCCACCGCCCUCUACACCGUCUACGAAAAAUCACUCGCCUCCGCUCUGCACACCAUCUCGUACCCCGCCUUCUCCUCCUGUUUCCCAUCGAUAUCGCGCAAUGCGCCGGAAGCGCUCAAAGCCGUGCACGGCCAGAUGGUCUCCCGAUUACGCCAAUUCGCACUCGAUGAAUUCGAGAUGAUAUUGCAAGAGCGCAGAGUGGUGGAGCGAUUGAACGGAUUGGAGGGAGUGAUUGAGAGCGCGCGACGGAGGAAGGCGAGGGGUGUGGAUGCGGAGACGGAGGGGAGGGAUGUGGGUGUUGCCCCACAUACCCUCCCCGCGCCCUCCAUCCUAGCCGCCCAUCUCACCCCCCUCUACACAACCCAACAAUCGCAACUCAACGCCAAACUCCAAACGACGCAAUCGCAAAACGCGAGUCUCGCAGAUGAGAUCCAGAAACAGCGAGAGGAGAUUGAGAAAUUAGUGCGAGGGGUUGAAAUCGUCGUGGAAGAUUUGGAUCGCGCGAAUGAGGUCAUGGAUCGGGAGGUGGAUGGGUUGGGGAAGGAGGCUUUGGAGGCGGAGAAUGUGUUGAGGGAUACGUAGGUUUCGUGGUUUAUGGGAGUUGGGGAUGUGAUGAGGGACGGGGAACGACAAUGUGAGAUCUUUUGGUAAAGAAGGGAGUUUGGGUGUAGUUAAGGAAGGGGAUGGGAUGUGUAGAUUUAUGGGCAUUUAUUGGAUUUCACCUCAUGGCGCUUGGCGAUAUCAAAAAAGGGAUCCGGUGUAGACAGGAGUUACUAUGAAGGUUGGUCUUCAUCAAGUCCAGGACAUUAAAACGAUAAAGUAUAAAGUAUUAUAUGAAAGACCUUGCAAUCGUCGGUUGCGUACUAUAUAACAAUACAAACGCAUAAAGAAAACGUCUACGCUCCAGAAACACCUCAAUUCAUAUCCCA